UCCAAAUGAGCUUGAUGUUAGGAGCUUUGAGAUAAACUGCCAAUCUUUCCGAGAUCAGAGGAAGCUCUGGUCUGAAGGUUUCUUUGAUGAUGCGGUGGUUCUUUUCGCUGCUUUUUCUGGGGCUGUUAGGCGCGGUGAGGGCGCUGAGCAUCGCUGGCUCGAGGCUGUUGGUGGUGCUGGAGGACGCUGCUGAGAGGGAGCAGUACAGUGUGUUUCUGGGGGAUUUGGAAGGCCGUGGAUUUCAUAUAACCACAGAAUCCCCCAAAUCCGAAUCACUCUCCCUCUUCAAACACGGCGAGCGGGCCUACGAUCAUGUCGUGCUCUUCCCGGGGAAAUCGAAGGGUCUGGGACCAGCUCUUACCGCCAGUCUCCUCCUUGAUUUUAUGAAGAAGGAAGGAAACAUUCUUUUGGCGCUCUCCAGUGAACGUAACAUCGCCACGUCUGUCCAAUCCCUGCUCCUUGAGCUCGACAUUCAUGUACCUUCCGACAAGGGCGCACUGGUUGUCGAUCAUUUCAACUACGAUUCUACAUCGGCCGCAGAUAAGCACGAUGUUCUUCUUCUGCCUUUUCCGGAUGCUGUUAGACCCGACGUAAAGAACUACUUUGCUGGCAAUGGGCUCAUCGCGGUUCCCCGCGCCGUUGGCCAGACUCUCGGAAACGAAUCUCCCCUCAUUGCGCCAAUCCUCCGCGCUCCGAGCACCGCAUACAGCUACAACCCCAAAGAUGAGGCAGAUAUCGUGGAGGAUCCUUUCGCGGUCGGGACUCAGUUGAACCUGGUCUCCGCCAUGCAAGCUCACAACUCUGCGCGUUUGACCGUUGUAGGAUCCGCUGAGAUGCUCCAGAACAAGUGGUUCUCCGAGAAAGCGACCCUCGCUGGCAAGGCUGUGAAGACGGCCAACCGUGACUUUGCCGAGAAGCUAUCCCGCUGGACAUUCAAGGAGUCCGGGGUGCUCAAGGUCGGCAAACUCGUGCACUAUCUGGAUGAGGGUGUGAGCAAGAAGAUCAACACCUCUGUCGCUAUUCCAGAGAAUAAUCCCAAGAUAUACAGAAUCAAAAGCGAUGUGUCCUUUGCUGUCGAGAUCUCGGAGUAUGACAAGGACCACUUCGUCCCCUUCGUCCCACCUCGAGGCGAUGCUGUACAACUGGAGUUCAGCAUGCUGUCGCCGUUCUAUCGCCUUAACCUCUCCCCCCUGUCGCAAACCGCGAACUCGACGAUAUUCGGCACCUCCUUCAAGACUCCUGAUCAGCACGGCAUAUUCAAUUUUCGCAUCAACUACCGCCGGCCAUUCCUUACCAACAUCGAUGAGAAGCGUCAGGUUACGGUGCGGCACUUCGCACACGAUGAGUGGCCGCGCAGCUGGCAGAUCAGCGGCGCUUGGGUCUGGAUAGCGGGUGUGUGGAUCACAGUCGCGGGAUGGGUUGCCUUUGUUGCGGUGUGGUUAUGGAGCGCACCGGCGGAGAAGAGCGCUAAGAAGACGCAGUGAUAUAUCAAUGGUUGAAGGAAACGGCGUCUCGAAUUUUGUCAUGUAUGCUUACGGAGUUGGGAUAUGGAUACCAUAGCGCAAAUUCAGUUCAUGUAGAAAUAAGGAUAAAAGUGUUCAGGUCCAUAUGGUCAGUCUAGGUUCACCAGGCCGGAUGAG